CGCCAGCUGCCGCACGUCAUGAUUCUACCCCAGAAUAACCUGACAGACGGGGAAGAAGAUCUGCCUGAAGACAGUUUCUCACUGUUGUCGGUGCUUCUAGUUGGAUUUCUCUUCCUGAUCCUGAUAUUUUUAUCCGUCGCUGGCAACAUUCUAGUCUGCGUGGCGAUUUACACGGACCGCGGUUUACGGAGGAUAGGAAACUUAUUCCUCGCCUCCCUGGCGAUCGCCGACCUGUUCGUCGGUUGUCUGGUUAUGACAUUCGCCGGGGUAAACGAUCUCCUCGGCUAUUGGGUGUUUGGUCCACGAUUCUGCGACACCUGGAUCGCCUUUGACGUUAUGUGCAGCACUGCCUCUAUUCUCAACCUUUGCGCAAUCUCCCUCGAUCGUUACAUUCAUAUAAAGGAUCCUCUCAGAUACGGCCGCUGGGUGACGAGAAGAGUCGCGUUUGCUGGAAUCGCUAUUGUCUGGUUGCUCGCAGGACUCAUAUCCUUCGUGCCGAUCAGCCUAGGCCUUCAUCGAGCAGACGAACCCGUAAUUUACGUCGAUGGCAAAGAGAAACACCCUACGUGCGCCUUGGACCUUACACCCACCUAUGCGGUAGUUUCCUCCUCUAUAUCUUUUUACGUGCCCUGCAUCGUAAUGCUGGGAAUUUAUUGCAGGCUCUAUUGCUACGCACAGAAACACGUAAAAAGCAUCCGUGCAGUAACGAAACUGCCGGACACCUCAAUGGCCAAAAGUUUUCGCUCGAAAAGCACUCGCAACAAACCGCCAAAACCACAAACAAAAACGAAGCCGACGAGUCCUUAUCAUGUGUCCGAUCAUAAAGCCGCCAUUACAGUCGGUGUAAUUAUGGGCGUCUUCUUAAUAUGCUGGGUACCCUUUUUCUGCGUAAAUAUCGUCGCUGCAUAUUGCAAGACCUGCAUAUCAGUCCGAGCGUUCCAAGUACUCACUUGGCUCGGCUACAGUAACUCGGCCUUCAAUCCGAUCAUCUACAGCAUCUUCAACACAGAAUUCCGAGAAGCAUUCAAGAGAAUCCUCACGAAGGGUGCACGUGCCCGAGGAAAUCAGCCGUCGACCAGCGAGUGUGGAGAAUUUCGAUCCGUGGUCGUGCAGAAACGAAACGGGUCUAUGAUCGAAUGUAAUAUUAGUCCAAGAUCGAGCGCGGACAGUUGUCAGGUCGGAAUAAUGGCGCAAAGACACCGCGAUACUAUCGUCAGCGCGAUAUAA